UGCAUCUCUUCCCCACCCGGUAUACGCCCUGAAAAAUGAGGGCGCUGGCAACCGGCCUUUAGGCUGAAUGCCAGAGGAGACAGCCGAAGCUCCACCGGCUCGUUGCAGGGCUCCAGCUGAUGGAAAAUCUUGAGCCGACAUGCGCCGCGCGAACCGGACGACGAGGGUGGCCGGCCUCGUCCCGCUGCGACAAGAUGACCCCAAAGCGACCCCAACAAAUGUUCCGAGCGGCCGGAGCCCCGCUCGCUGCCUUGGUCGUCCUUGAUGAGAUGCCGUCUCUGGCGAGUCGCCCCGCCGUUCCUGCGUCGAAAUAACCCUGGAUAAUCAUCAUGUGUCCUGCAAUCUGGGGGCUGGGCGACGUCGUGCGCCUCGGGUGCCUUUCCAGGCUCGACAGUCUGCCAGUAUAAGAUGGGAUGGACCAGCACAGAGACUCCCGGUGUGGGCUCAACGUGGCUCAAAAGAGCUCCCGCAUCCCUAAGGGCCGGAAACGUUCAGGCACCAACAGCAGCCCGGCUGACCAUCAGCAAUGGCGACACCACUGCUGCUGUGGCGGCACUCGACCAUGGCACUCGCCCUCGUUCUCGCCUUUCUGUCUUUUGCCUCAACGGCCAAGUGCAACUCUAAUGGCAGAUGGGUGGAUAUAUGGGGAUCCAUGCCCCAGCUCACCGAGCCGGCGAACCUGCCUCCGGCCCCUUAUAACCAAACGGGUGUUGUGUUCCAAAACGCCACCAUCCGACAGACCAUCAGGGUGACCCUCGCCGCUCCCGUCUUCCGCCUGCAGAUCAGCAACGCGUUUGGCGGCUCCGACCUGCCCAUCACCGCCGUGGCCGUGUCCCUGCCCGCCGGAAACGCCGCGGGUGUGGGGGCCAUCGACCCGGCCGCGGGCGUGCACAAGGUGACCUUUUCGGGCGGUCUGUCUUCUUUCACGGUCCCCGUCGGCGCCCGAGUCGUCAGCGACCCCAUCAAGGACCUGCCCCUGCCCGCCCUCUCGGUCCUGACUGUCGACAUCUACCUCGCCACGGGCCAGACUACCAACAGCGUCACGUCGCACCCGGGCUCCAGGACCACGUCCUGGCUCGCCCCGGGCAACACCGUCGGCGCUGCGAACUUCUCCGGCCCCGGUGUUGAUAAGACAGACCACUGGUAUCUCCUCUCGCGUGUCGAGGGUUUUAUCGGCUCUUCGUCCGCGUCGUCGUCGUCGUCGUCGUCUUCAUCGUCUUCGGCACUCGUCAUCGUCGGGGAUAGUAUCACCGAUGGUCGCGGGUCGACCACCAACGGCAACAAUCGCUGGCCCGACGUACUCGCUGACCGCCUCGUUGCGGCCGGGGCUGGAGUAUCCGUUAUUAACCAAGCGGCGGGCGGCAACAGAAUCCUUCGUGAUGGCCUGGGCCCCAAUGCGCUGAGCCGCCUGGAUCGUGAUGUUCUGGCAGGCUCGUCGGUGCGAUAUGCUCUCGUGUUCGAAGGCGUCAACGACAUCGGGACCACGGGGCUAAGGGAGGCAGAGCAGCUCGAGACGCAGAACCGGAUCGUGUCUGCCUACGAGCAGAUGGUCACGCGCCUCCACGCCCACGGCAUCGCCGCCUUUGGAGCGACCAUCACCCCCAUGAGCGGCCCCGGCCAGGCUUAUGGUGAGCCGAGCCGAGAGAAGGCCAGGUUGGCCGUGAACGAGUGGAUCCGGACCUCCGGGCGGUUUGACGCCGUCAUCGACUUUGACAAGCUGGUGAGGGACCCGGCCAACAACACCCGCCUGGCUCCACAGUAUGAUGUCGGGGACUAUCUUCACCUCAGUCCCGCUGGCUACAAGGCCAUGGGUGAGAGUAUCGACCUGGAGCUGUUCAGUCGGUUUCGUGAUGGGGUUUGGAAGAUGCUGUAAGAAGAAAGAGAGGCCCCAACAUGCUGAGGGAUGACUAUAGCACCAUAAUCGAGCUUUACACCAAAGCUAUGACAGUGAAGAAACGAACAUGAAGGGGAGAGGGA